ACGAUGCUGAAGGAAGACGCUCUCCUCUUGAUCCCCAGCGUGCUCAAGGUUUUCCUGGAGAAUGGGCAGAUCAAGUCCUUCACCUUUGACAGCCGCACCACCGUCAGGGAUGUGAUGAUGUCCCUGCAGGACCGACUGUCUCUGAGGUACAUUGAGCACUUCUCCCUGGUUCUAGAGUCUGGGGGCUUCAAUCAGAGCAGCAGGCUACACCUGCUCCAGGACACCCAGCCACUGUCUCAUGUAGUGCAGCGGAUCUACUUCCAGGCAAUGAAGUGUCUGUUUCGUAUCUGCUUCUUCCCCAAGGACCCUGCAGACCUGCUGAGGAGAGACCCAGCCGCCUUUGAGUACCUCUACAUACAGAGCCGCAAUGAUGUGAUAAAGGAGCGAUUCGGAUCUGACUGGAAGACAGACGUCACCCUCAAGCUCACAGCUCUACACAUCUACAUCACAGUCUCUGCAGCCCGACCCAACCAAAAAAUCUCUCUCAAGAAUGUGGAGAAGGAAUGGGGACUGGAUCCCUUCUUGCCCCUGUCGUUGCUCCCGACAAUCAAGGAGAAGAAUGUCUGUAAGACGCUUUCCCAGCUGCUGAAAACCUAUCAGCACUCGCCUCCUUCAGGGAGCAAGGUACCUUCUAUCCAGGCAAAGCUGCAGUACAUACGAGUUCUCAAUGAGCUGCCUCCUUUCGGGGGCCUCCUGUUCCACACCGUGGGGAUGGCUGAAAAGCAGUCAGCCACCACCCUGCUGGUCGGGCCCCGCCACGGAAUCAGCCACGUCAUUGAGCUGAAGACCAACCUAACCACCAUCCUGUCCGAGUUCAGCCGUCUCAGCAAGAUCCAGCUGUUCAGGGAGAACCAGGGGGUGGCUCGCGUUGAAGUCAACAUUCUGGAGGCCAAGCCCCUGGUCCUGCUGAUGGAGUGGCCCGAUGCCACAAACUUUGCCUGCCUGAUAGCCGGCUACUACAAGCUCUUUGUGGAUCCAAAGAAAGUGCUAUUCUGUCGAAGCUCCAGUCAGUCUCACAUGAUCAAGGCAGAUUACAGAACUAUCCAAUCAGUCCAGCGGCCAGCUCUCUCUACUCAUGCUGGAAGACGGGAGUUGGUCCAUAGAUCGUCUGAGCAAAAUGAUUCAGAGCUCAGCAGCUUCUGCUAUCUGCACACGAGAGAGCAGCAGCAGCAGCAACAAGAAAGACAGAUGGACAUCAAUGACAACCUGAUCCCCCUGGAAGAGAGCCGUGCCCGCACCAAAUCAGACCCAACCUACAAAAGCUCAGAUCUAGAACCUCUGAUGGACAGCCCAGUACAAGAGAGCUCAAGAAUCAGGGCCAGGGCCAACACCUUAGACCCUAGCCAGCAGACUGGACACUUUUACUGUGACUCAUGCAAGGCCAAGCUCAAAGCAGCAGCCACCGCCACCAGUGGUGGUGACAGCAGUGAUGGCCUGCAUUCCCAGAUCCUGAAGAGUUGUACCAACUCCUGUGGUUCCCGAGAGGGCACAGUGGACUUGAUUUCCCUCCCACUACCAGGAAGCGAGAAAGAGGAGGAGGAGGAGGCUGGUGCUGCUCAGCCUCCACCCCCAGCCAUCGCUGCUCCCCCUCCAGCGUUUCGUGACCACAGCUCAGAUGAGGAGGACACCAAAAGGCGGGCAGCAGUGGCAACAGCAGGGGGUCUGCAGCCAUCUGAAGAGGUACCUGUGACACUGAUAGAUAAUGUGGUGACACGGACUGUCCGAGACCAUGCUCAAGAGCUGGAUGAUGCCCUGGUGUCCACCCUACAGGCACUAGAGGCACUGGCAGCAUCAGAGGACUACCCCCACCAUCAUCACCACCAACCCCAGCAGACAGCAGGUCUCAUUGUGCUAGCAGCUAUUACCCCAGAGUCUUCACUGGAUUCCGGCCACGAGACAAACUCCUCAGAACUGACAGACGUCUCAGAGAUGGUGACAGCCAUGAAGCAGCAUCGGAACUCAGCCUACCUACUUGCCCAUCACAUCAGCAAGGAUCGGCUCUUCAGCCGGCGGGACUUCCCGCUCGAUAUCCCGGGGUGCACCACUCAGGCCCUGGGUGGUGGAGCUUUCUCCAUGGGUCAGCUGCGGGCAGGUUGCCCUGCCAAACCCCUCAUUCUCAGUAAAGAGGCUCAAUUGAGGGUAAGUCCUAACCAGGAGACUGCAGCCAUGGGGGAGCAGGGAAGGACGCAAGUCUCCUCACAGAGCCUCAAAGAACCAGGGAAACUGGUCACCCUGGAACGCCAACCAGAGCGAAGCCGGACAGACAGCCCAGGAAUUCUCAAGGACUCUUCUGCUUCUCCUCAAACUGCUUUGGAUCCCAAACGUGAUAGCACUGGAGAUAAGAAGAAGGUUAACAAAGAGCUCAAGGUGCCAUGUUAUGUUGACAGAAGGUUUAGCCCAAAACCUUCAGGGGCAAGGGGGAAGGUUUCCGGUUCCCUAAGCCCAGAAGAUGUCAAAAAAGCCUUACCAAUACUUUUGCCAGUUGACAGUGCUGUUUCUGCCAAGAGCCAAGAAACCAAUAGCUAUCAGGACCAAGAGACUACUUCCAAUAAGACCUCCAAGCCUUCAAAAUCAAAAGGGAAUGAGCAGAGUGCUGAGAUGCUGUAUAUCUGCCCCAUGCUUCGAGAGGGUGAGCUCCCGUUGUGUCUGAAGGACCCACUGGUGCAGAAAGUAGCAGUUUUCCAUUCAACCUCCCCUACGGAUGAUAAGCGGCUCACUGCCAAAGCAAAAGACUUUCAGCUGCCACCUGGCAAAGAGAGCACAGGGAGGGGAGUAGAAACAGGCCACAAAUCCAGCACAGGUCUCCAGGCCCGGUCCAAGUAUCCCCCCUUGGUUUCAGAGCAGAUGGAGCGAAAGGAAAGGGCGGAAGAAAAAGGAGAGCCUUCUGAGAGCAAAAUUGCCAGUGAUACUCAGAAAUGUCCCAAAAAAGUGAUUCCCAGGAUAGAGAGCACACAGGCAGCAGGCUCAGUGGAAGCCUCAGUGGAAGACAAAAAGCAGAGUGCCUGUAAACCCAAACAGCAGCGAAGUGUACCUUUCCUCAGUUUCCGUAACCUGCUGUCGGCCACCUUUCCAGCACGGGUGAAGCGCGAGACGGAUGAGCGGCAAGCCCAGCUUCAGAAGGUACGGCAGUAUGAACUGGAGUUCCUGGAGGAGCUGCUCAAGCCCAGGGGUGCCCAGGUGGAUUUCCUCCCACAGGGGCCCUCUCCAAUACCAGCAGGUACUCCCUGCUCCUGCCAGCUCAGGACCAGCCCUCUUCAGAAAGUCCCGGGGAUUUCCAGAGAACAGAGGAGGAGCUGUGACUGCAAAAGGAUAUGCCGUGGGAUCCGCUUGCCUGACACCCCUGUGGGUUCAGCCCUGGAGAGGAGAGGGAGAGAAAGAACUAUUUAUAAACAUCCUUCUCUACCAAAACAGCUCCAGCUGCAGGAAGGGCCCCGAAGGCCACAGACAAUAGAGAUUAAGACCUCCAGAAUCCGUUCCACCAGCCUCGAGUCCCGGGAGCCUCAGGAGAAGCCUGUCUCUUGCUUGCCUGCCUGUGCUUCUCGCUCCGAAUGCAUGGGGGCACCAGAUUACAAGAAACUUAUUAGGCGCUACAGCAUUGGUGAAGCAGACAGUAGUGAGCGUACACCUCUGUACUCUGAAACUAAGUCUACCAAAGCUAAAAGCAUGGAAAAUGAGUUUGCGCGACCAAUAGCCCCUUCUGGAAAGACACAGGGCCCAAAAGAGUCUUCCUGUUCACUGGGAGAUGGGAAAAGAAGACCUUUGUUUUCCAUCCAAGGGGAGACUGGGAGAGAGCUGGAGCUGCUCCAAAAGAGCAAAGAAGGGGAAGAUGAAAUGAUGGGUCUAUCAGGGAAGGAUGAGGAUGGAGAUAAAUGCUGCUCUUUCUGUUUCUGCUACCGCAAGUGCAACACAGAUGAUGAAAGUAGUGAGAAGGAUGAGCUCUCCUAUUCCAUUCCAUUGCAGGUGCUCCCAGGAAUACAGUUGGAUGCUAACACCCUCCCUGUAGUCAACAAGACCCUGCAGGUGCUGGAUGCAAGUUGCUGCAGUAGGGAGAAGGAGCCACAGAGCCAGGAAAUCGAUCUAAGGACUUCUGUCACCCUAGAGGGUAGCCUGUCCAGGGUGCAGGCUCUGCAGGGCAAAGCCUUCUUGCUGCCUGAGGGGUUCCUGACUGCCCAGUUGGAUGCCAAUGAGCUGCUUUCCAUCCUACGGCAAUGCGCAGGGAACCUGCUGGGCGAGGGCGAUCCCAGGCUGCAGGCACCUCGGCUAGCAGAAUACAAGCAGGAGCUGGCAAUGCGCUUCAAGGAGUUCCGGGCCUCCUGUCGUAGGGUGGCUGGUGUGGAGAAGAGCCCAACCCGCAUGCUCUCGGCAGUGACAGCCAGCUUCCAGGUCCUCUGCUGCCUGACGGAAACCUUCAUCAAGCUGGUAUGUGUGGUGCGCUUGGAGGCUCAAAGGCAGGAGCUGCUCAGGAAGGUGGAGGAGGUAGCCCUCAACUAUACUUUCCUCUUGAGGGCUGCUGAGGAGUUCAUGGGCCGGACCGGGAGUCUCCCCACCCAGCCCAGAAGCAGUAGCAGCAGUGCCCAAGCUCCUCCGCUGUCUGCACAUGGGAGCAACAAGGCUGGUUCCCUGACCCGUGCCAUCAAAACACUCAUCCCCAAGUGAAGCUAAUGGACUGCCACUAGAGAUCAGUCUACUAGAGAGUUUU